GCACACUGGCACAGCUCCCAACUCCUCCCAUUAUCCAUCCAUGGCGUCCUCCCAUCACCAAGAAGUACAAGAGCAAGGCCAUGGAGAUGGAGAGGAAGAGGAACAAGAUAAUAGCCAAAUCACCUCUCCACUGUUGCGAUCCUCAAUGCGGCUCGGCUCGCCGGAGGAGAACUCGCCGGUGGAGCAGGUGGCGCUGACGGUGCCGGUGGGGGACGACCCGGCGACGCCGGUGCUGACGUUCCGGAUAUGGGUGCUGGGCACGGCGUCCUGCGUCGUGCUGUCCUUCCUCAACACCUUCUUCUGGUACCGCAAGGAGCCGCUCACCGUCACGGCCAUCUCGGCGCAGAUCGCCGUCGUGCCGCUCGGCCGCCUCAUGGCCGCCGCGCUGCCGGAGCGCGUCUUCUUCCGUGGCCGGCCGUGGGAAUUCACCCUCAACCCUGGCCCGUUCAACGUCAAGGAGCACGUGCUCAUCACCAUCUUCGCCAACGCCGGUGCCGGUUCCGUCUUCGCCAUUAACGUCAUCACCGCCGUCCGAGUCUUCUACGGGAAGCGCAUCUCCUUCUUCGUCUCCCUCCUCGUCGUCCUCACCAGCCAGGUGCUGGGAUUCGGGUGGGCGGGAAUAUUCCGGCGGUAUCUGGUGGAGCCGGCGGCGAUGUGGUGGCCGUCCAACCUCGUGCAGGUCUCCCUCUUCAGGGCACUUCAUGAAAAGGAACGGAGGAGCAAAGGCGGCAUGACACGCACCCAGUUCUUCUUGGUAGCAUUUGUGUGCAGCUUUGCCUACUACAUUUUCCCAGGCUACCUAUUCCAGAUGCUCACUUCCCUCUCCUGGAUUUGUUGGAUCUUUCCCAAAUCUGUGCUCGCACAACAGCUUGGAUCAGGUCUCCAUGGCCUUGGCAUUGGUGCAAUUGGACUCGACUGGUCAUCCAUCUCGUCAUAUCUCGGAAGCCCACUGGCUAGCCCAUGGUUUGCCACUGCCAACAUUGCUGCCGGCUUCUUCAUCUACAUUUAUGUAAUCACACCAAUCGCCUACUGGAUUAAUCUCUACAAGGCACAAAACUUCCCUAUCUUUUCAGAUGGCCUUUUCACAGUGACUGGACAGAAGUACAACAUCUCUACCAUUAUAGACUCACAGUUUCAUUUUGAUACAAAAGCCUAUGAGAAGAAUGGACCAUUAUACAUCAGCACCUUCUUUUCUAUCAGCUAUGGUCUUGGUUUUGCAUGUCUUACUGCAACAGUUGUCCACGUUCUUCUUUUCCAUGGAAGUGAAAUUUGGCAGCUAAGCAGAUCAGCUUUUCAAGAUAAAAAGAUGGACAUACAUACAAAGCUUAUGAAGAGGUACAAACAGGUUCCUGAAUGGUGGUUCAUCUCCAUCCUUAUAGCCAGUGUUGCAAUCACCAUGUUCACUUGUGAGUAUUACAUAGAACAAUUGCAGUUACCCUGGUGGGGGGUACUACUUGCAUGUGCCCUUGCAAUUUUCUUCACCCUUCCAAUUGGAAUCGUCACAGCAACGACAAACCAGACUCCAGGCUUGAAUAUCAUCACGGAAUACAUCAUGGGGUACUUGUAUCCUGGACGACCUGUCGCAAACAUGUGCUUCAAGGUAUAUGGUUACAUUGGCCCACAGCAAGCCCUAGCAUUCCUACAAGAUUUUAAGCUGGGACACUACAUGAAGAUUCCACCAAGGACCAUGUUUAUGGCUCAGGUGGUGGGCACUUUGAUAGCAGCAUUUGUGUACCUUGGAACAGCAUGGUGGCUCAUGGAUACAAUCCCUAACAUAUGCAACACCGAGCUCCUCCCCCCAGGCAGCCCUUGGACCUGCCCUUAUGAUCAUUUAUUCUAUGAUGCAUCAGUCAUAUGGGGCCUUAUUGGCCCACGCAGAAUAUUUGGUGAUUUAGGCACUUAUUCUGCUGUCAACUGGUUCUUCUUGGGGGGUGCCAUUGCUCCCCUCCUCGUCUGGUUUGCACACAAGGCAUUCCCAGGUCAGAAAUGGAUCCUACUUGUCAACAUGCCUGUGCUGAUCGCCGGAAUCAGCCAGAUGCCUCCUGCCACUUCAGUCAACUACACGGCAUGGAUAUUUGUAGCAUUUUUGUCAGGUUAUGUGGUCUAUAAGUACCGUCGUGACUGGUGGGAGAGACACAAUUAUCUACUUUCAGGUGCCCUUGAUGCUGGUUUGGCAUUCAUGGCUGUCUUGCUAUAUUUAUGCCUAGGACUAGAGAAAAUCAGUUUGAACUGGUGGGGUAAUGAUUUGGAUGGUUGUCCAUUAGCUUCUUGCCCCAUUGCGGAAGGUAUAACUGUACAGGGGUGUCCAGUGGCAAGUGCAUAGCCAAGUUUCUUCUCAUCCACAGUACCGCCGGCAAUGGUAUCUCAAUCAUCUUAAGGAGGAUGCAAAGAUCAAAGAACCAUGCAGAGAGGCUUUAAACAACUCAAAAUGAAGACCAAAAAGAAAAUGUCCAUAUGUUACAAGGAAGAUGAUACUACAAGGUGUACCGAAUACAAAAAUAAGUAAAGUUAUUUGGUGCAUGCUAAAUUGUUGCCGGUGACAGAAAACAGAUUAUGAUAAUAGAUGAACUGAAUUUCUGAAACCAACACUGAAUUGAAAGACAGUAGCCAUCGUCCAUAGAAAUAGUUAAAGUCUGAACAUGAUUCCACUUACCUGUAAAGGUAACAUCAGGAUCACCUUAGCCUUUAAUCAUCACAAGAACCUUGCAGGAAAAAGUAAGAAAUUCAGAUGUUACUUUUGCUUUGAGGGAAAAUGAAACAAUACGGUCAGCAUGUAAUCCUGUAUGAAACAUGGAUAAUAUAAACUGCAUUAUAUAUUGUUUCAUUGGAAGUAUAAACAGUUCUGAUUCAUCGUCA